ACUGCUGCAAAGUAUCUUGAAAUAGUCGAUGUAUCUUGUGCAUCCCUAGUUUAGUUGUUUUGAAGUUCUUUUAUCCAAUGGAUCAAAAAGCCCUCGCCAUGCCGGACCCGGUAGUCGCACACUUUUUUGAAGGCGUUGAGAAGCUAUUGGAGAUAUGGUUUGAGGAGAGCUCAAGUCCCACAGGCGACUUACGCAACAUAACGCGGCCUGAAUGGGAGAAUCUGCUGCGCCACGUGAAAUGCGAAAUAAUCAGCUUCACCAAAAAUGAUUUUAUAGAUGCAUUCCUUUUAAGCGAGAGCAGCAUGUUCGUCUCGAAGCGCAGAUGGAUACUGAAGACGUGUGGAACAACGACACCGUUGAAAUGCUUGGAGCAGCUGCUCAAAUUAGCCAAAGUUCACGGUUUCACUGUGAUCAGCGAUAUAUUCUAUUCGAGAAAGAACUUUACCCGACCCGAGGUACAGAAUAGUCCACACAAAGGCUUUUACGAGGAGGUCUCCUAUUUGGAUACCAUAUUUCCCGAAGGCCGAUCGUAUUGCUUGGGCUCCAUUAAUCUGGAAUGUUGGUAUCUUUAUACGUUCAGCAGGCCGGAGCUGAAAGCCCUGCCCGAUAUUAUUGUCGAGGAGAACAAUAUAGACGCUGAUCCCGAUCAAACCAUCGAGAUACUUAUGCAAAAUCUGGAUAAGAACGUGAUGUCAGCCUUCAGCAAAACCGAAUUCUCCACUGGACCCGAGGCGACGGCACACUCUGGCAUAGAUCAAAUACUGCCCGACAUGGUUAUCGACGACUUCCUGUUCGAUCCGUGCGGCUACUCGAUGAACGGCAUCAAUGAGCAUGGCGAAUACAUGACCAUACACAUCACGCCCGAGGAGAAGUUCUCCUAUGUGAGCUUUGAGAGCAAUGUGGCGCUAAAUAACUAUACGAAAUUGAUUAAUCAGGUUAUCAAGACCUUUAAGCCGGGCAAAUUUAUUGUCACCAUCUUUGCUAACAAAUCCUCGCUGGCCUACGAGACAAUGAAGGAGCUGGAGAUUGAAUACUCAACGCUAUCCAACUGGAAACGCACCGAUAUGCAGUGCUGCAAUUUCCCAUCCUACAAUCUACUCUUUGCCCAAUAUUCUCGUGCUGUUGAGAUAUCGACGUGAAAUAAUUUCGCCAAUUCCCAAAAAUUUAUUGUUAAUAAAAAAAAAUUUUUGUUACAUUCUAAA